AUGCACAAUGAUUAUGUAACUAUAAUUGCCUUAAUUUUUCAACCAGAAGACAAAUCACUUUUUGUUCAGCAAUGUAGAAUGGAGACACUGUUAAGUGAGCAAGAAAAGAUACAAGAACAUUCCACCAAAGAGCAGCAUAACUUGCCUGGGAGUAAACAAAGUCUUCAGAAACAUCAAAGAAUUCACAGUGGAGUGAAACCCUAUGAAUGUAAACUAUGUAGUAAAACAUUCAUUCAAUCCAGUAGUCUUCAGAGACAUAAAAAAAUUCACAGUGGAGAGAAACCCUAUGAAUGUAAACUAUGUAGUAAAACAUUCAGUUUUUCCAGUAAUCUUAGAAUACAUGAAAGAACUCAUAGUGGAGAGAAACCCUAUAGAUGUAAACUAUGCAGUAAAACAUUCAGGCAAUCCAGUCAUCUUAGGUUACAUGAAAGAAUUCACAGUGGAGAGAAACCCUUUGAAUGUAAACAAUGUAGAAAAACAUUCAAUUGUUCAAGUCAUCUUCAGAGACAUAAAAAAAUUCACAGUGGAGAGAAACCCUAUGAAUGUAAAAUAUGUAGUAAAAAAUUCACUUUUUCCAGUAAUCUUCGGGAACAUGAAAGAACUCACAGUGGAGAGAAACCGUACGGAUGUAAACUAUGUAAUAAAACAUUCAGUCAAUCCAGUAGUCUUCAGAAACAUCAAAAAAUUCACAGUGGAGAAAAACCCUAUGAAUGUAAACUAUGUAAUAAAACAUUCAGUCAAUCCAGUAGUCUUCAGAAACAUCAAAAAAUUCACAGUGGAGAAAAACCCUAUGAAUGUAAACUAUGUAGUAAAAUAUUCCGGCAAUCCAGUCAUCUUCGGGCACAUCUAAAAAUUCACAGUGGAGAGAAAUCCUAUGAAUGUCAAAUAUGUAGUAAAACAUUCCAUUGUUCCAGUCAUCUUCAGAGACAUCAAAAAAUUCACAGUUUAGAGAAUCCCUAUGUAUGUAAACUAUGUAGUAAAACAUUCAGGCAAUCUAGUCAUCUUCUGACACAUGAAAGAACUCACAGGGGCCAUACUGUCCAGUGAAGAGGCUGUGCUGCUACAUUUAAAACAGAGUCUCAAGCUAUUGCUGGGAAUUAUCUUCCAUUUUCUGGUCUGAAAGACAUUCAGUGAAAGCUGAAGAGAUGACAGUUUCUUGGGUGACUUGCCCCACAUCAGAGUGUUUCUUUUUCCUCUUGAAUAAAUUGUAUUUUAAUUGA